UUCGUCGUCCGGAAAUCACUGUUUCCAAACGAAUCCAUUUGGUGCUCCGUUUUAUUGCACAAAAGAUCCAUCCCGACCAUAUUGUUGUUAACAUUCAUUCUUCCAAAGGAUGAUACAGCUAGCAGUAGUUAUUAUUAACAUACUCGUCGUAGGGGACAAAUUUAGCCCUACAGUUGCCAAAGGACCUCACCAUCCGAAAGGAGAUUUCUCAGCCAAAGAUAGGAAGUUGGACGAGCACUUGCGUGCUCAAGAUAAUCACAUCCAGGAGGACAUGAAGCAGUUUUCGUUCGGCGAAAAAGAACUGGCCAACAUGUCCGACGAGGAGAAGAACUUUUACUUUUUCAAGUUGCACGAUUCCGACAAUAAUGACCACUUGGAUGGAUUGGAGAUACUGCAUGCGGCGACACAUCAUUCAGACGGCCACGUUCACAAACUGGAUCCGAACACGGGGGAGGAUGAGUCGGAUGAUAAUUCCGUUAUAGAUGUGAUCGACGACUUCAUUGCAUAUGCCGACUUGGAUCAAAACGGCCUACUCACCUAUCCGGAAUACAUGAAAGCCAUCAGCACGAAUGAUUGGAACAAAAAAGUGGAUGUAACGGAAACGCCUCCUGAGAUUGUUUAAAUGGAUUUGAAUAAAGUUUGGAAAUGGACUGUCAUCGCUCAAAACAGAAA